ACAGCAGCAGUGGGCAAAAGCAAGCAAAAAAUACAUACAUAUUUUUUAUACACACAUCGAAAACAAAAAAGUAAAGUCAAGAAAAAUAGUUAAAGCUUACGUUGCCGCCGCUCCGACAUCGCAGUCGCAGUCGCCAUCGCGGUCUCUCUCGUACACUCUCUGCUUACGUCGCUGCCAGCGUCGACGUUUACGUCUACGUCCACGUCUCGGAGCGCACUUGAAAACGUCGCAAAAGUUUGUAAACAGCAGAAAGCUUUGUGCAGCUGUGUGCGUGCGUACGCUCUUGCGAAUUUUUCGUGUGUGUGUGUGCAAUAGAAAAGUGAAGAAGCAGCGGCAAAAAGCAAACGCCAUCCACGUCUUGUUCCUCGCCUUCGUCUUCGUCUUCGUCGUCGACGUCGUCAUCGCUCUAUAGCCGCAGCAGCAGCUGUCAAACACAAAACAAAUACGGCCAGCGUGUGCCAACUGCAGCCUCACCGAGCAACACGAACUCGAGCAGCUCAUCGAACACGGGCUCCCAGAGCGGCACACUGAGCACCAGUCUGAGCAACACGACAAACACAAACACCACAAUGGGUCCCAACGGCACGGCACAGAAUCAAAAUCAACAGGGCGGCGAGCAGUUGUCAAAGACAAACCUCUACAUACGCGGACUGCAGCAGGGCACAACCGAUAAGGAUCUGAUCAACAUGUGUGCACAAUACGGAACAAUAAUAUCAACCAAGGCUAUUUUAGAUAAAACAACAAACAAAUGUAAAGGUUACGGCUUCGUCGACUUCGAGCAGCCGGCCUACGCUGAGGGGGCCGUCAAGGGACUGCAGGCGAAGGGCGUGCAAGCUCAGAUGGCCAAAGUGGGUAUCUGGGUGCUUCAUAGGCCGGCCAUUCAACAGGAACAGGAUCCCACAAAUUUGUAUAUAGCAAAUUUGCCACCACACUUCAAAGAGACCGAUCUGGAGGCAAUGCUAGCGAAAUUCGGUCAAGUCGUUUCCACUAGAAUAUUGCGUGAUCAGCAGAUGAACUCAAAGGGUGUUGGCUUUGCACGCAUGGAGAGCCGCGAGAAGUGCGAACAAAUUAUACAGAUGUUUAACGGUAACACAAUAACGGGUGCCAAAGAUCCCCUAUUGGUGAAAUUCGCCGAUGGCGGUCCCAAAAAGAAGAAUCUCUUCAAGACGCCCGAUCCGAAUGCGCGCGCGUGGCGCGAUGUCUCCGCCGAGGGCAUACCCGUUGCCUAUGACCCGACUAUGCAACAGAACGGCGUCAGCGUCAAUGUGGGCACACCAAUUGGUGUACCCUAUUCGCGUUUCGGGGCACCGCAGGUGGGUGGCUAUCCGGUCGCUGGCUCGCAAUGGAUACCCGGCUAUAUGAUGACACAGCCGAUCACUCAGGUAGAUGAUCAGUAUUCCUCCUCUGCCCUGCAGUACAUGCAAAUGGCUGCCGCUCCCCAGUUGGGCGUCACCUCGUACAAACCGCAGGAGGUCAACCAGGUGCCCGCACGCGGCAUUUCGAUGAUGGUCAGUGGCGACACGGCUGUGCCAUAUGGAACAAUGAUGCCGCAGUUGGCCACUCUCCAGAUUGGAAACUCUAAUUUUUCUCCAUCGUUACAGUAUAUUAGUCCAACUUAUCCAUAUUAUGCACCACCACCAACUAUUUUACCAACAAUGCCAAUGACAGAUUCCGAACAGGCUAGCACAGCUGCAUCACCCGACGAGGCAUACACACAGUAUCCACAUCAAGCCGCUCCCAAAUAGGUCUUCGCGAGUAUAGUUACUAAGCAGCCUAAACACUGGUAAUACAUACUAGAUAUAAUAUUUUAGUACCCAAUUUGAGUACUAAGUAAUGGACGCAAUCGAGGGUUAGCGUUGGGAGCUUUAAGCGCUGGAAUAACAACAAUAAAACAACAACAUCUACAACAUCAACAAGAACAACAGGAGAAGAGGAGUAUGAGAAUAACAGGAUGCCACGUCGGAAUGGAGGAAGCAGUUUGAUAACAGUCGAAAAUGCUGUUCCCUAAGAAAAACAAAACAUAAUGUUAAAAAAAAAAAAAAAAUAAAGAAGAGAUAGAGAAAGAUAAUUAAGAGAGUUAUGUAUAAAAGAUAAAUGAAGAGCAGUAAAAGCAG